GGUCUUGGUUAUGGUCCAUCUAUCUCCGAUUAUAACCAGCCCAUCCGGUACGAAGUAUAAACUUUGAACGCUGCCGGUGCCACUUCCCUUUUCUUCCGACGUACUUGCUUUCUUUUAGUUUGCUGGUCCUCUUUCGCUCUUACCCUUCCCUCCCCCUUAUCUUCCUUCUUCGUCUUCUUCUUCUUCUUCUCCUCCUCCUGCUCCCAUCCUUUUAACACUGUCGGGCUAAGCAGCUCCUGGUGCCUUCAACGUCAUACUCAACCACCCGCUCAGCCAAGAUUCGCAUCGUCGCCACUCGAACUACAAUGGCUCCCGCUGCCGUUACCAACGGCGCCCCCCAGAGCGCUCAGGAUGUCAGCUUGACCACCUCCUCUCUCGAGCAGAAGAUCGAGGCCUUGCCUGUCAAGAACGGCAGCGCCAAGGGCACGGCGGUCCCUACUCAGUCACCCGAGUACCAGGAGCUCGAUGCGUCCAAACUCACCUUCCACCGCACCACGUCCCCACGUCCCGUCCCCGACGAAGCCACCGCCCACGCCGGCUCCGAGACCAUCUGCACCGACCACAUGAUCACCGCUACCUGGAAGGCCUCGACCGGCUGGUCUGCCCCCGAGCUUAAACCCUACGGCCCGCUAUCCCUCAUGCCCACCGCCUCUGUCCUCCACUAUGCCACCGAGUGCUUCGAGGGCAUGAAGGUCUACCGAGGCCACGACGGCCGCCUCCGCCUCUUCCGCCCAGAUCUCAACGCCGCUCGCAUGCUCAUGUCCUCCCUCCGCAUCUCCCUGCCCAGCUUCCCGCCCCGCGAGCUCGAACGCCUCCUGCACGCCCUCCUCGCCAUCGACGGCCCUCGCUGGCUACCCCGCGACCGCCAGGGCUCCUUCCUCUACAUCCGCCCCACCAUGAUCGGCACCCAGCCCCAGCUCGGCGUCCAGGCGCCCAGCGAGGCCAUGCUCUUCAUCAUCUGCACCUUCAUGCCCCGCAUGGACGCUCCUCCCGGCGGUAUGCGUCUGCACACCUCUCCCGAGGACAUGGUCCGCGCUUGGGUCGGCGGCUUCGGCUACGCCAAGGUCGGUGCCAACUACGGCCCGUCCCUGGCCGCCACCGCCGAGGCCCGCAAGCGGGGAUACGGCCAGGUCCUCUGGCUCUACGGUCCGGAGCAGCUCUGCACCGAAGCCGGUGCCAGUAACUUCUUCGUUCUCUGGCGCUCCAAGGAGGACCCGAACCGUGUCGAGCUCCUCACCGCCCCGCUUGAUGAUCGCCUCAUCCUGGACGGCGUCACCCGCCGCAGCGUCCUCGGCCUGGCUCGCGAGCGUCUCGCUGGUCAGCUUGAAGUCGUCGAGCGCCGCUACUCCAUCGACGAAGUCACCCAGGCACAUGCUGAGGGUCGUCUUAUCGAAUCUUUCGCUGCCGGCACUGCUUUCUUCGUCUGUCCCGUGUCCCACAUCCACCACCGCGGCAGUGAUAUCCCCAUCAGCAUGGGCGAUACCGGCAAGGGCGGCGACUUCACUCUCAAGUUGAAGGGCUGGAUGCAUGACAUUAUGUACGGCAACGAGCAGCAUGAGUGGGGCGUUCUCAUCGAAGAAGAGAAGCAGUAAAUUGUCCAGAUCUGGUGAAGUGAGGAGGUGACCUCCACCCAACUUCCUCCAUCCCCCGCGAACGGAAAUAUAGAAAAAGGAAAGAGAGAGGGGACGAAACAAGAAGGAAGAGCAAAGAAGGAGAGGCAAGACUUCGAAAUGACCGACAUAGACACUGCAUACAGAGGCGCGCGCGCACGAGCAAACAAUCAAGAAGGGGACGAAAAAGGUAGGAACAUGGCCGCGGCGUUUGAAUGGGAAUUUCUGCGACCAAGAGGCAGUGGUAUAUCAUGCUGCAUGAAAUUUAGUAAUGUCUGAUGUACAUAGCUUAGAGUUCAAGCUGAAUUGUCUUGAAAACAUCAUAUAUUGACCUCGUAUUCGAUC